AUGCCCCAUCACCCACAAGCGGAGGGUGCACCAGCGCCGACAAGCGACUACAUGCUCAUGGUGGAUCAUCAGUAUGAUGCUGUCAUUGUUGGGGCCGGAGGCGCUGGUCUUCGAGCAGCAGUAGGACUUGCCGAAUCAGGUCUGAAUACCGCUGUAGUCACCAAGCUGUUUCCCACCCGCUCGCACACAGUGGCCGCUCAGGGCGGCAUCAACGCAGCGCUGGGAAAUAUGACCGAGGAUGACUGGCGGUGGCAUAUGUACGAUACAGUCAAGGGCUCCGACUGGCUAGGGGACCAAGAUGCGAUUCACUAUAUGUGUCGUGAAGCUCCACGGGCAGUUCGCGAAUUGGAAGAAUAUGGCAUGCCCUUUAGUCGGACCGACUCAGGGCUCAUCUAUCAGCGGCCGCUAGGUGGUCAAAGUCUAAAUUAUGGGAAAGAACAGGCAUACAGAACUGCAUGUGUCGCAGAUAGGACAGGACAUUCAAUGCUGCACACUCUAUACGGCCAAGCCUUAAAGCACGACUGUCAAUUUCACAUCGAAUGGUUCGCAUUAGACCUCAUGAUGGAUGGCGAUGACUGCAUAGGUCUUACUGCCCUUGACAUGGAGACUGGCACACUCCACAGGAUAUUUGCCAGAAACACCCUCCUUGCUACAGGUGGAUACGGUCGUGCCUACUUCUCAGCAACUUCUGCUCACACAUCCACAGGCGAUGGGCUUGCAAUGGCAGCAAGAGCUGGCUUGCCCCUGCAGGAUAUGGAGUUCAUCCAAUUCCACCCUAGUGGCAUUUACGGGGCUGGUGUCCUGAUAUCGGAAGGAGCUCGAGGAGAGGGAGGAUAUCUCCUUAACGGUCAGGGCGAGCGUUUCAUGGAACGAUAUGCUCCUACCGCAAAAGACCUGGCCAGUCGGGACGUGGUAAGUAGGAGUAUGAACAUGGAGAUAAGAGAGGGCCGAGGCUGUGGACCAGAUAAAGACCACAUCUAUCUCCAGCUCUCCCACUUACCAAAGGAAGUGCUCAUGGAGAGACUUCCAGGUAUUGCAGAAACGGCAAGUAUAUUCUCAGGUGUCGACGUGACCCAGGAGCCUAUCCCAGUGAUACCGACGGUCCACUAUUGUAUGGGAGGUGUUCCAACCAACUGGCAAGGCCAGGUACUACGCGUCGAUCCCAUUUCUGGCUCUGAACAACCAGUCAACGGACUCUAUGCCGCAGGUGAAGUCGCAUGCGUCAGUGUCCACGGGAGCAAUCGCCUCGGAGCCAACAGUCUUCUGGAUAUCGUCGUAUUCGGUCGGGCAGCCGCGGGCCACAUUGCAGAGAAUAAUGAAAUCGGCAUGCCAGUUUUCCGUAACGGAGGAAGCGUUGGCCCCGAGACAGGAGUCGAAGGCUUCCAAGACCUAGAGAGGUUGCGCACGUCUAAUGGGACCCGUCUGACAGCCGAGCUACGCCUCGAUAUGCAGAAAGCCAUGCAGACCGAUGUCGCGGUAUUUAGGAACGAGGAGAGCCUGUCCACAGGCGGCAAACGACUCAAAGAAGUCGAAGAGGCAUUCACGACUGAUCUCUGCGUCAAAGACCAGAGUCUUAUAUGGAACUCGGACCUCAUCGAGACGUUGGAGAUGCGAAACCUACUCACAUGCGCAACCCAGACGGCAAAGAGUGCACUACUGCGCAAGGAGUCGAGGGGGAGCCAUGCACGAGAGGAUUUCCCAGACCGCCUCGACAAAGAAUUCUUAAAACAUAGUUUGAGCUGGCAGCAGGAUGUGGGCGAGGAUAUAAAGAUCGGGUAUAGGCCUGUCACUAUGCAUACCUUGGAUGAAAAUGAAUGCAAGGCAGUACCACCAGUGAAGCGAUCAUAUUAA